AUGUCCACAAGAGUACAGGAAUCAAUUUUGUCUGAACCGUUUGCUUCCACAACGAUCGAAUACUUAACCAGUUCGGUAAUAGACCAACCGGAAGAGCCGGUUGCACUAACUUCUAUGGUCACAUCACCAAAUACAGCAGUUACUGUGUCGACAACAUUUUCGUUGGAGCAGUCGUCGUUUUUGAAAACGACAGGUAGCACGGAAUUUAACAACGGGAAGUACACGAAUACUCCAUGGCGAACUACCGAAGUCACCGUGUCAGAGUCAGCGCAUUCUACCCUGGAGGGUUCCGACGGCUCUCUGUUAGAAUCUACGCCCCACUCACCGUUCCAACCAUUCUUCCCGACUAAAGAAUCACCCACGACAGGCAGCACAGAAUUUAGCAAUGGGAAGUACACGACUUCUCCAGGACAAGCAUCCGAAGUCACUGUCUCAAAGUCAGCGCAUUCUACACUGGAGGGUUCCGACGGCUCUCUGUUAGAAUCUACGCCCCACUCACCGUUCCAACCAUUCUUCCCGACUAAAGAAUCACCCACGACAGGCAGCACAGAAUUUAGCAAUGGGAAGUACACGACUUCUCCAGGACAAGCAUCCGAAGUCACUGUCUCAAAGUCAACGCGUUCUACAGUGGAGGGUUCCGACGGCUUUCUGUUAGAAUCUACGCUCCCCUCAUCGUCCCAACCACUGUUUCCGGAUAAAGAACUACCCAUAACGGACAACACAGAAUUUAGCAAUGGGAAGUGCACGACUUCACCAGGGCAAGCAUCCGAAGUCACUGUCUCAAAAUCUGCGCAUGCUACGCUUGAGGGUUCCGACGGCUCCUUGCUAGAAUCUACGCCCCACUCACCGUUCCAACCAUUCUUCCCGAUUGAAGAAUCACCCACGACAGGCAGCACAGAAUUUAGCAAUGGGAAGUACACGACUUCUCCAGGACAAGCAUCCGAAGUCACUGUCUCAAAGUCUGCGAAUGCUACGCUUCAGGGUUCCGACGGCUCCUUGCUAGAAUCUACGCCCCAAUCACCGUUCCAACCAUUCUUCCCUACUAAAGAAUCACCCACGGCAGGCAGCACAGAAUUUAGCAAUGGGAAGUACACGACUUCUCCAGGACAAGCAUCCGAAGUCACUGUCUCAAAGUCAACGCGUUCUACAGUGGAGGGUUCCGACGGCUUUCUGUUAGAACCUACGCCCCACUCACCGUUCCAACCAUUCUUCCCGACUAAAGAAUCACCCACGACAGGCAGCACAGAAUUUAGCAAUGGGAAGUACACGACUUCUCCAGGACAAGCAUCCGAAGUCACUGUCUCAAAGUCUGCGAAUGCUACGCUUCAGGGUUCCGACGGCUCCUUGCUAGAAUCUACGCCCCAAUCACCGUUCCAGCCAUUCUUCCCGACUAAAGAAUCACCCACGGCAGGAAGUACAGAAUUUAGCAAAGGGAAGUACAUGUCUACUCCAUGGCAAGCUUCCGAAGUCACUGUCUCAAAGUCAACGCGUUCUACAGUGGAGGGUUCCGACGGCUUUCUGUUAGAAUCUACGCUCCCCUCAUCGUCCCAACCACUGUUUCCGGCUAAAGAACUACCCAUAACGGACAACACAGAAUUUAGCAAUGGGAACUGCACGACUUCACCAGGGCAAGCAUCCGAAGUCACUGUCUCAAAAUCUGCGCAUGCUACGCUUGAGGGUUCCGACGGCUCCUUGCUAGAA